AGUUGGGCGUCUUUUUGGUGAAGACGGUGACUUUUCACUGUGGAAUUCAUUGCUUCCACUCUUACCUCUUUUGUUCAUUGGGGAAAAUCUUCUAAUACCUUCCAUGAUACCAAAGAAUCAGAACCACUUCCCAGAGACAUCCACAAAGAUUACAUUCUAGCUGGGGGAAGCGAGCAGUUGGAUAUGGAACCUCCUAGAAUCAAGUGCCCAAGUGUGAAGGAACGCAUCGCUGAACCCAAUAAACUGACAGUCCGUGUGUCCUGGGAGACCCCGGAGGGAAGAGACACAGCAGAUGGCAUCUUAACUGAUGUUAUUCUAAAAGGCCUCCCCCCAGGCUCGAAUUUUCCAGAAGGAGACCACAAGAUCCAGUACACAGUCUAUGACAGAGCUGAGAACAAGGGCAUUUGCAAAUUUCGAGUUAAAGUACGAGUCCGACGCUGUGGCAAACUCAACGCCCCGGAAAAUGGUUACAUGAAGUGCUCCAGUGACGGUGAUAAUUACGGGGCCACCUGUGAGUUCUCCUGCAUCGGUGGCUAUGAGCUACAGGGCAGCCCUGCCCGAGUCUGUCAGUCCAACCUGGCUUGGUCUGGCACGGAGCCGUCCUGCGCAGCCAUGAAUGUCAAUGUGGGCGUCAGAACAGCAGCUGCACUUCUGGAUCAGUUUUAUGAGAAAAGGAGACUCCUCAUUGUGUCCACCCCCACAGCCCGGAACCUUCUCUACAGGCUGCAGUUGGGAAUGCUGCAGCAAGCACAGUGUGGCCUGGAUCUUCGACAUAUCACAGUGGUGGAGCUUGUGGGUGUGUUCCCGACCCUCAUCGGCAGGAUAGGCGCAAAGAUUAUGCCUCCAGCCCUGGCUCUGCAGCUCAGGUUGUUGCUGCGAAUCCCACUCUAUUCCUUCAGUAUGGUGCUAGUGGAUAAGCAUGGCAUGGACAAGGAGCGCUAUGUCUCCCUGGUGAUGCCUGUGGCCCUCUUCAACCUGAUCGAUACUUUCCCCUUGAGAAAAGAGGAGAUGGUCCUGCAAGCUCAAAUGGGCCAGACCUGUAACACCUGAUACGAUGGUUCCUCUCUUGGCAGUUCCUCCUCUCGUUCUACAUAGUGCUAUGCACGCGGAAAGGCCAUAAAAAUAUCCUUGAUGUACAGAUUUUUAUUUGUAAUUUUUAAAGUCUAUUAUGCUUUUUGUACUUUGAAGUGUACCCCCCAAAAUGGUGAAUAGGAUAUGUACUCUUUCUCUUUAUUCCAUCACGGCUGGUUAAUUUUAUAGAGAAAUUAGAAACCACAACCAUACACAUGCUUUCAGUGUGUUAUUCAGUGUAACACAUAACUUACUUCUAUUUUGUUUUUUAUAUAAAACUUAAUAAAAUAUUUUGGAGCAAA